AUGAAGGCUGCUUUUGUUGUUCUCGCCAUUGCUGGCCUCGCCAGCGCCGCUGAAAAGACCAUGUUUGAUGCGCUACCCGAGUGCUCGCAUGACUGUCUCACCAAGGCCAUCAAGGGUUCAUCCAGCUGCAAGCCCGAGGACAAUGACUGUCUCUGCGAGGUGGACAACUACCGCAACAUCUACACUGGAGCCCAGGCCUGCGUUCUUCAAGCAUGCGGUGCUGCCAAGUCAGUUGAGGAUGUCCUUCCAGCUGCAGCUCAGUUCUGUUACGACGUGACUGGUGGUGCCACCGCUCCACCAGUCGACGAGUCGGCCACCGUCAAGUCCACUGGAUCAGCUACCACCAAGGCAGCCGAGUCGACUGGCACCCCUGAGGCUGCUGCCACUGCCACCAGCUCAACCGCCUCACCCGACGGAGCGGCUGCCAUGGGCUCCAUCGGCGGCUUCGGCAUGAUGGUGCUGGGUCUGCUCGCCGCCUUUUAG